CUGCCUGAGAGGGAUCGGUGUGAGUGAAAGUAUGACGACCGCAAAGAAGUUGAUUGCUUGGGAUAUGAAUCACUUUAGUAGCUUGGUGGAAUGUUAUAUAAGAUGCACGAUCCGAUUUUGUCCCCGCAAGGUCCUCACCAAUGAAAGCAUGCCAAGUAAGAAGAUCUGCAUGAUUGGCUCGCAAAGAGGCAGGCUCAUUGGCCAGAGACUUUGUUGACUCAAAUCGACUUCUGAGAGACGCGAAGCAACUGAAGCCUCAGACUUUUUUCAAGCGUCUUUCUUACUCCCUCCCUUUCUCUUUUGGCUUGUAAUUUAUUUAUGAUAAAAAUAUCUUCUUUUCAUGAUCCUGGAUUCAAAUUGCAAAGAACUGAACACAACAACAAUGAAAUAAUGGCAAGCAUGAAGUGGGAGUCUGGGGGUCAUCAGUUGGAGUCGCAUCACCCAAGCGACACGCCAGGGUCAAACUACCACACGGCUCAGAACACACCGGAGGUGCUGCACUGGGAUAACUGUCAGGAGCAGCAGCAAGUAGCGCCGGCAGCGUUGAAGAGGGAGACGGUGGUGAGGACGACAGAGCUAGUGUUGAGAAUGUGCGAGGUGGUGUUAUGUCUAGUCUCUGCUUCGAUUAUGGCCACGGACAGGACUCAAGGUUGGGCCGGUGACUCCUUUGAUCGCUACAAGGAAUACAGGUACUGUUUAAGUGUGAAUGUGAUAGGGUGUGUAUACUCGGGAUUUCAAGCUUGUGAGAAGGCGUAUCAACUCAUGUCUGCCAAAAACAAAGGCAUCUUCACUCCCAACCUCCGCUCUCACUUCGAUUAUCUCAUGGAUCAGGUGGUGGCGUAUCUGUUGGUGUCAGCGUCGUCGAGCGCAGCGACGAGGGUGAAGGACUGGGAAUCAAACUGGGGAAAAGAUGACUUCACAGAGAAAGCAAGUGCUUCCAUUGCCAUGGCGUUUCUGGGUUUCAUUGCCUUUGCAAUUAGCUCACUCAUUUCCUUCUUCAAACUCGGAACUUCCACGUCAUCUUCCACUUGAUGAUCCUCCUCUUUCACCUUUCCGUCUUCGUCGACCUGCUUUUUCUCUAUCUGUAUAGUAACUUUACUUUCCAUUCCACCCCAGUGCUUCUCCAUUAUAGAUCUUUACUCUUUUAUUAGGGUGGUGAAGCAAAUUAAAUAGAUCCAACUUUGGUAUGAACGGAAAGUGGAUGCGGCACGUUAUUUGAGUGUUAAUUAAUUGAAAAGUCUUUUUCCAGUGGAGGGUAGGACCGCCUGAUUUCAUCAGAAUUCAAUUUCUACAUAUGUGGUCUCAGUAAAGUUGGUUUCCACUAUGAUCCAAUCUUUCUUUUUCUUUUU